AUUAUCUACAAUUUCAUGGACAAUGAUACACACUUGCGUAAAUAAAUCAUCGAUGGUCUAUGACUGUAUUGUCAUCCAGCUUAGCAAACAAUCGCCUUGUUCUCAACUAAUAACAUCAAAUAAUGAUGUUUCAAGCAAACAUGCGCUAGCGAUUCCCAAAUAAAGCGUAAAAAUUAUUUUUUUUUACACGCGGUAACUAUUAAGUUAAAAAAGGUGUAUAUAUAUCUUUGAGCUAUCAGGAUUGUUUUCUGAAAGUUCUUAUGCAAUUUUAAUUCAUCAGGAAUGCAAAAACAAUAGAAAUACGAACACCUUACUCAAAAAACAAAGUUACUAGGGGAUCCCGGGAACAGUCGUUGGAAGCAAGCAUGGGCAAACACUGACUCCGAUUUCGAAAGAAAUCGUACAUAAUAUUUUUUAUACGGGAGGGUAACUUGUAUCAAGAAAAAGGUGUCUUUGAGCUAUCGGGAUUGUUUUCUGAAAGUUCUUAUGUUAUUUUAGCUUAUCAGGAAUGCAAAAACAAUAGAAAUACGAACACCUUACUCAAAAAACAAAGUUACUAGGGGAUCCCGGGAACAGUCGUUGGAAGCAAGCAUGGGCAAACACUGACUCCGAUUUCGAAAGAAAUCGUACAUAAUAUUUUUUAUACGGGAGGGUAACUUGUAUCAAGAAAAAGGUGUCUUUGAGCUAUCGGGAUUGUUUUCUGAAAGUUCUUAUGCUUUUUUUUUUCAUCGGAAAUAAAAACAUAUAAAAACAAUAGACAACCUUACUCAAAAGCCGUAGUUGUUAGGGGAAUUGGGGACCAGUCGUUGGAAUGCUUUCAUACAAAAAUGUGUUGUUUUUGGUCAGAUUCAAAUUCAUAUCAAAUCUGUGUUGCUGAUAUCGUAUUCGCUGAACCAUUUGAAGAAGUCACGAUGUAUGGCUUACUGUGCUUCAAAAGACUCCCCUUAUUCGCCGCCAUAUUGUUAGUAGUUUACGUGGUUCUGCUACCACGCGAACCGCUCACCCAGACGCCCACCAUGCAGGCUUAUCAUAGAAGGGAAAGGGUUUUCAACGAUAACGUUUGCGAGAUGAAAAUUCCGUUCGGAGAGAUGUGUCCAAGAUCGUACAGAGAACUUGGCGGGAAGUGCAACUUGGGAAAGGAAGGCUUUGACUGCCCGGAUAUUCGACACACGGGGUCCAGCUCGGUCAGGUGCUCACAGCUUGUUCUAACACGAAUGCUCAGGAUCUUCGACCAAAUCGCGAGAAGUAAUGGUCUCAAGUACUGGUUGACAUCCGGGACCUUACUGGGCGCUGUACGACAUAGGGGCUUUAUCCCAUGGGAUGGCGAUGCAGAUAUUGAGAUGCCAUUAGAAGAUUACAUCAAGCUGUUCACUAACCAUUCGCAAGAGUUCCCAAGGGAUGUGUUCUUCCAGAACUCAGAGUCCGACCCAUUCCUAAGACCAGGGGACCCGGCCAAGGAGCGACCCUUGAGGCAUCCCGUAGUUGGUUUGUAUCGUAGGACGUGGAAUCCGAGAUUACGUGACCGGAAGAGCUGCGUAGGUUACUGUCUCGAGUAUGGGUGCAAAUGGCAUGAUGGGAUUAUGAUCGAUGUGUUUAUUGCUGAGGACACACUGGGUGACACAAGCGGGGUUUUCCCUCUUAAAGAAAUGGAAUUCGAGGGGUUUCCCCUAUAUGCCCCGAAUAACUGGAAAGAUAUUUUGGAAAGCAAGUAUGGCGAAGACUUCAUGACCAUCCCGAGAGUGUCGGACAUGGUCCCUGAUGAGAAAUCAGACUGCCUACACGACUGCGAAGCGCUUCGCAAGGUGACUAUGUGAGAAUCACAUGUCAUAGAUCUCAUUAAAAUGAAAAGUGUUCAAAGGGGGUUAGUUUUGCUUAAAAACAAGAAAGAAAUUAUAUCCUUGCACUCCUAGCGGAAUGGAAAACAAAAGACUAACGGUUUGCAUUUCCCAAUAACUCGAAACUGAUCUCCAGAGAACUUUUUCUCUUACGUGCAAGUUUACUUUUUUUAGUGGCUAAUGCGAUAGUUAUGUCAUCGAGAUGAGUGUAAUAUGGUGUAAGAAACGGAAUAUUAAAUAGCUAUUCAAA